GAACUGCUUCCUCCUCAUGUCAAUAUGGCGAUGUAGGUGUUCGGUCCACGUUGGUUUGUUGACAUUUUUUAAACACCUUUAUACCUACGGUUUUAGUGGAUUUACAGCCACAUAUACCUACGGUUUUAGUGGAUUUACAGCCACAACAACCAUGUCAAGACUGAUCGUUAAAAACCUCCCGAAUGGGAUGAAAGAGGAGAGGUUCAGGUCGAUGUUUGCUUCCUUUGGCACCGUGACAGACUGCUCACUGAAGUUCACCAAAGAGGGAAAGUUCAGAAAGUUUGGCUUUGUGGGCUUCAAAUCCGAGGAGGAUGCGAGCAGAGCGCUAACACAUUUCAACAAGAGCUUUGUGGACACAUCCAGAGUAACGGUGGAGAUGUGUAAAGCGUUUGGAGAUCCCACUAAAGGAAAAGCCUGGAGUAAACACUCUCAGAGAACAGAGCAGGAAAAACUCUCUGCUGCUGCUCCCAAAGACACCAAAAAGAAAAAGACGGGAAAAAAGGAAACAAGCAGUGUACUGGGAACUCUGGAGGAGGAAGAUGGAUUUAUUGAGUUUCUGUCAGUGCAUCAGAACCGCAGCCAGGCUCAGACCUGGGCUAAUGACAUGGCUCAGCAUCCGACUGACCCUGGUAGCAUACAAAAAGAGAAGAAGAAAAAGAAGCCAGCCUCUGAUGAUUACCUCAACUUUGACUCAGAUCAGUCAGAAGAUGAAAAGGAAAUGGAGGAUGGUGAUGAUGAUGAUGAUAAAGAUGAAGUUGCCUCUAAAGAAGCCAUGAAGUCUAGCCUGUCAGAUAUGGACUACCUGCGCUCCAAGGUGGCACAAGUUAUGGAGGAGAGUGAUGAAGAGAAUGAAGCCAAUGAAGAGAAAGGUGAUGGUCCCGUUCCGCAUGGAGACAGUGCCUAUGAGAGCGGUGAACGAGAAAACAUCUCAAAGUCUAAACCUAUCUCUGGAAAUAGGAAACAGAGUGUCAAACAGGAGACGGAGCCGACGACAGAGUUCACUGUGAAGCUGAGAGGAGUCCCGUUUAAUGUGAAAGAGCAACAAAUCCGAGAGUUCAUGACUCCGCUGAGGCCUGCAGCAAUCAGGAUCGGGAGGAAUGAAAGUGGAAACAGAACAGGGUAUGUGUAUGUGGACGUGCACUCUGAAGAGGAGGUGGAGAAGGCUCUGAAGAAGAAUAAAGACUACAUAGGGGGUCGUUACAUCGAAGUCUUCCGUGUUGAUUCUUCAGGAGCGAAAAGCAAGAGGAACAAAAACGACAAAGAAAUUGACAGAACCUUCGCCAGGAAGCUGAAGGAGGAUGAGGAAGAGGAAGAUGUUUCAGAGUCUGGUCGACUCUUCAUCAGAAACCUUCCUUACACCUGCACUGAAGAAGAAAUCGAAGAGCUUUUUAGUAAAUACGGCCCUUUAUCGGAGAUGCUCUUCCCUAUUGACAAUCUGACCAAGAAACCUAAAGGAUUUGCUUUUGUUACCUACAUGAUACCAGAAAAUGCUGUGGUAGCUCUCACAAAGUUGGAUGGACAUAUAUUCCAGGGUAGAAUGCUUCAUGUUCUUGCCUCCACUGUGAAGAAGGAAAUAUCUGAGACUUCAGAAUCUGGUGGUCCUGGCUCUUCAUCAUAUAAACGACAGAAAGAUGCUAAAAAUAAAGCUUCAAGUUCUAGCACACACAACUGGAACACGUUGUUUUUGGGUACAAGUGCAGUGGCCGAUGCCAUUGCUGAGAAAUAUAACACUACAAAAAGCCACGUCUUAGACCAUGAGUCAAAAGGAAGCGUUGCUGUGAGGAUGGCUCUAGGAGAAACUCAGAUUGUCCAGGAGACUCGACAAUUCCUGCUGGACAACAGUGUUUGUCUAGACUCCUUUAGUCAAGCAGCAGCAGCGAGGAGUACGACUGUGAUCCUGGUUAAAAACCUCCCUGUGGGAGUGACAACAACGGAGCUUGAAGAACUUUUCUCGCCUCACGGCUCUUUGGGUCGAGUCCUGCUGCCGCCUACAGGACUCACCGCCAUCAUCGAGUUCCUGGAGCCAACCGAAGCCAAGCGAGCCUUCACAAGGCUGGCUUACAGCAAGUUCCAUCAUGUCCCACUGUAUUUGGAGUGGGCCCCUGUUGGAGUGUUCACACCCUCCAAACCAGAAACAGAUAAAAAAGAGCCAGUGAAGGAAGAGAGCAAGACAGAGGAUGAGCAAGAAGAGGAAGAAGAAGAAGAAACUGUACCUGGUUCUACACUUUUCAUUAAGAAUCUAAAUUUCAACACAACAGAAGAAAAACUACAGGAGGUCUUCUCCAAAAGUGGAAAGGUCAGGUCUUGCAGCAUUUCCAAGAAGAAAGAUAAAUCAGGUAACCUGUUGUCCAUGGGUUACGGUUUUCUCCAAUAUCAGACAGCAGAGGCUGCACAGAAGGCUCUGAGGCAACUGCAGCACUGUAUGGUGGAUGAUCACCAGUUAGAGGUGAAGAUUUCUGAAAGAGCCACAAGGACUGCUGAGGUGUCGCACAAAAAGAAGCAAGCUGAGAAGAAGCAGACAGGCUCCAAGAUCCUUGUGCGCAAUGUUCCUUUCCAAGCCACUGUCAGGGAAAUUCGAGAACUCUUUUGUACAUUUGGGGAGCUGAAAACGGUCCGUCUUCCAAAGAAAGCAGCUGGUUCAGGGAAUCACCGGGGCUUUGCCUUUGUUGAUUUCCUUACAAAACAGGAUGCCAAGAAAGCCUUUGCUGCACUCUGCCACAGCACCCAUCUGUAUGGAAGACGUCUUGUGCUGGAAUGGGCUGAUGCCGAGGAUACAGUGGAGACACUGAGACAGAAAACAGCCCAACAUUUUCAUGGUGAUCUACCAAAGAAGAGACGAAAGGCAGAUGUUAUGGAAGGGAUACUAGAGUCAAUGGAAACUGAUGGAGGUGUUGAAGACUGAGGUCAACCAAAUUCUGAUCAGAGGAGAUUUGAACUGUGAAUAAUAGCAGAUCUGACUAGAGAAUAACUUAUAUUUGAUGAUCUUGCAGUGAUUUUUACAAAGAUAAAAUCUUGACUGUGACUGUAUUAAGUUUUUAUCUAAGAUAGUCUACAUAAAUAUUUACAUGCUGAA